CUGUUUGGACGUCUAAACUCCUCAUCUCCCUUCAAAAAAAAAAGUUCUUACAUCAUCAGAAUUUUCUGAAAAAAAAAGUUUAAGAGUGUUUCUAGUUCAACUAUUUCCGGUGCAAGAUGCAACGAACCGCCGUCACAAAGCAAUUCACGAGCUACAUCAAAGCUUGUCGUCACAUCAAAUACGAGCAAGCUGCCAUGUGGCAAGGAUUUCGAUGCUUAGCAACAGUCAAAGAGCUCUUUCCGCACAAAAGUAGCUUCCCCGCGCGCCAUAUUGGACCACGCAAAACCGACGUUGUCUCCAUGUUGGAUUUGUUGGGCUUCAAAAGUCUCGAUGAGCUGUCUGCCAAAGCGGUGCCCUCGCAAAUUCAUCUGAAGCGGGAACUGAACAUCGAGGAUCCGUUAAAUGAACAUGAAGUCAUCGAACGCAUCCGCAAAAUCGCCAAAAAGAACGAAGUUUGGCGUUCGUACAUCGGCAUGGGUUACUACAACUGUUACGUACCUCAUCCCAUUCUCCGUAACAUCUUUGAAAAUCCCGGAUGGACCACACAAUACACGCCUUACCAACCCGAAAUCUCCCAAGGACGUUUAGAAUCUCUUUUGAACUACCAAACUCUCGUAACAGAAAUGACUGGCUUAGAUAUCGCCAACGCCUCAUUGUUAGACGAAGGAACUGCUGCUGCUGAAGCCAUGAGUUUAUGCUGGCGCCAAAAUAAGCGUCAAAAAAUCUAUCUUUCCGACAAAUUACAUCCUCAAACAAUUUCCGUGGUAAAAACUCGCUUAGAUGCGUUUGGUUUGGAAACAAUUGUGGGUCCCAUUGACAACGCCAACUUCACAAAUCGCGAUAUUUCCGGCAUUUUAGUGCAAUAUCCCGACACAAAUGGAGAUGUAAAGGAUUUUGCGAGCAUCAGCGAGACUGCGAAGCGUCAUGGAACGUUAGUUGUCGUUGCUACUGAUUUACUUGCGUUAACUUUACUUCGCCCGCCCGCAGAAUUCGGAGCUGAUAUCGCAAUUGGAACGUCACAACGUUUAGGAGUGCCUUUGGGAUAUGGCGGACCUCAUGCCGGAUUCUUCGCUUGUACACAAAAUCUCGUGAGAUUAAUUCCGGGUCGCAUGAUUGGCGUUACUCGAGAUCAAGAUGGACAUGAUGCGUAUCGUUUAGCUCUCCAAACUCGUGAACAGCAUAUUCGUCGUGAUAAAGCAACAAGUAAUAUCUGCACCGCUCAAGCUUUGUUGGCGAACAUGUCGGCAAUGUACGCGAUUUAUCACGGACCUGAAGGAUUGAAAAAAAUCGCCAAUGAGAUCCAUAAUGGAGCUUUAACGCUCGAUAAGGCUUUGAAAGAUAACGGACACAAACAAACGAACAACACUUUCUUCGAUACGUUGCAUGUCGUGCCAUCCGGAGUGACUGUGGAUGAGAUAAAAUCUCGUGCUGAGGAGAAAAAAAUCAAUUUACGAUACUUUGACGACGGAUCUAUCGGGGUUUCGAUCGAUGAAACGACCCGAACUCACGAUUUAGAGGAUUUAUUGUGGGUUUUCAAAUGCCCGCCCUUGGGCGAAAUCAUCUCCGAUCCACAAAUCAAGAAAAAUUCAAUCCACAAUUCGAGUUUUUAUCGCACCGGAUCGUAUUUGACACAUCCCGUCUUCCAUAGUCAUCACAGCGAACAACGAAUGGUGCGUUAUAUGAAGCAACUCGAGAACAAAGACAUCUCUUUGGUACAUUCCAUGAUCCCGCUUGGCUCGUGUACGAUGAAACUCAAUUCUACAACCGAAAUGAUCCCUUGCAGCUUUUAUCAUUUCACGGAUAUUCAUCCAUUUGCGCCUGUGGAUCAAGCUAAAGGCUAUUCGCAGUUGUUUAAUGAACUCGAAAGAGACUUGUGUGAGAUUACUGGUUACGAUAACAUCUCAUUUCAACCGAAUUCGGGAGCGCAAGGCGAAUAUGCUGGUUUGAGAGCGAUUAAAAAGUACCAAGAAUCCAUCGGGCAAUCGAAUCGGAAGAUUUGUUUGAUUCCAACAUCAGCUCACGGCACAAAUCCUGCUUCAGCGCAGAUGGCAGGCAUGAAAGUUGAACCAAUUCGUGUGAAUCAGAGUGAUGGCGCGAUCGAUUUGGUCUUCCUCAAGGAAAAAGUCGAACAAUAUGCGGAUGAUUUGUCGUGCAUCAUGAUCACAUAUCCCUCGACAAAUGGAAUUUUCGAAGAUACUAUUCGAGAUGUGUGCGACAUGGUUCAUAAACAUGGCGGACAAGUUUAUCUCGAUGGUGCUAACAUGAAUGCUCAAGUUGGUUUGUGUCGUCCCGGCGAUUUUGGCUCGGAUGUGUCGCAUUUGAACCUUCACAAGACCUUCUGUAUCCCUCAUGGAGGCGGAGGCCCAGGCGUUGGUCCAAUCGGAGUGAAAAAACAUCUUGCGCCUUUCAUGCCGGGACAUCCUGUGAUCGAUCCCUUAGCUCACAUCAAGAAUGCCGACACUUUUGGAACAGUUUCUGCUGCGCCAUUUGGCUCUUCGGCAAUUUUGCCGAUUUCGUGGGCUUAUAUCAAGCUAAUGGGAGGCAAAGGUUUGCGUCGUGCAACACAAAUCGCCAUUUUGAAUGCGAAUUAUAUGGCGAAACGAUUGGAAAAUGACUACAAAAUCUUGUUUAGAGCACCGCGUUCGGGAUUAGUAGCUCAUGAGUUCAUCAUCGAUGUGCGUGACUUUAAGAAAACGACGGGAAUUGAAGCUGUUGAUAUCGCGAAACGUCUCAUGGAUUACGGAUUCCACGCUCCAACAAUGUCAUGGCCUGUAACGGGAACUUUGAUGGUUGAACCAACGGAAACUGAGGAUAAAGGAGAGUUAGAUCGCUUUUGUGACGCCUUGUUGUCAAUUCGAAACGAAAUUCGUGAUGUCGAAGAAGGCAGAAUUGACAAAGAAAAGAAUCCGUUGAAGAUGUCGCCUCAUACGCAAUUCCAGGUUAUCAAGACUGAAUGGAAUAGACCUUAUACGCGUGAACAAGCAGCAUUCCCUGCGUCCUUUGUGAAACCGGAAACUAAAAUCUGGCCCACUGUGGGUAGAAUCGAUGAUGCCUAUGGAGACAAACAUCUCGUUUGUACUUGUCCUCCAAUUCUUCCUGAUGAAAUUUAAGCUUUUUAUAUGAUUUUUUGCUAUAUGAAUAAAUAUUUUUGUUAAUUUUUCAAUUUA